ACCCUAAAACCCUCGAAUUUCAAUUUUGAAUUGAAUUUGGUCUGCAUUCUCUUCUCACCGACGGCGAUGAGCCUUCACCGUCCGCCCUAACUCUGCCGCUGCUCUCGCUGCUCUCUCACCUUCGUUUUUCUACUUCUACAGUGGUGGUCGGACGGUGCUGGUGGUUAGUCGAUCUUCGAUCCAUGGCGGGGGACAAAUACAAUCGGAAGAAUCCGGCGGUGAAGCGGAUCUUGCAGGAGGUUAAGGAGAUGCAAUCCAAUCCCUCCGACGAUUUCAUGAGCCUUCCUCUCGAGGUCUGUUUUCUCAAAAAGAUCUCUUGUUGUUCAAUUCCGUUGGACGAUCCCGGAGCCGUUAUUGAAUGAUUUAUUGGUGAAUUUAGCUGUUUGUUCCUGAUGCGGUUAAUCUUGCGUUUAAAAAUUCAAUUUCGCCCUAACUCUGCCGUUAUUGACCGCUGAGAGAAGAGACGCUCGGAAUCAGAACAACUCUCUCGUUUUCUCCGACUCCCAAGUUAGCUGUGAGUUUCUCUCUUCUUCAAUCAAUCUGAUCUUCUUCUCUGUUUGAUGAAUUAUUAUUCACGCAUUUCCUUGAUUUUUCU